AUGGCAUACAAUGGCGGAUAUCAAGAUCAGCAGCGCCCUUACGCAGGACCGGCAGCACGAGUACCUCGAGGCCCCCCAAGGGAUGGAUAUCCACCGCAACAGCAACAAUACAACCAAUACCAAGAUGACUAUGAUUACGGAUACGAUGGAUAUGACAACGGCUAUCAGCAGGACUAUGGUCCGCCGCCUCAAGAUAUGAAUUAUGGUAGACGGCCACCGCCCAAUCAAGGUUACCCUCCGCAAGAUAUGUACGGUCCUCCCGGUAGAGGCGGUCGUCCUCCCCCACCCGGUGCUGGUGGAAGAGGAGGUCCGAUGCGUGGGCCUCCAUUUCCGCGUGGCGGUGGCCCUGGAGGUCCCGGAGGUCCCGGCGGCAGAGGUUACCCGCCUCCUAGUCGAGGUGGCCGACCAGGGCCUCCGGGCCGCACUGGUUCUUUGGAUCAGAACGACCGUUACGGCCCGAACGUUGCAAGCCCGAACGAGCAAGAUUUCGGUAGUCCAUUCCCAGUAUUCCCAGGACAUAACAGAAGAACGGAUCUUGACGAAGAGAAUGAUGUCCUAAACCGAAUGGGUGGAAUGGACUUGAACGAUGGGAGGCCGGGCAUGCCUCCUAAAAGUACUUCAGUGCCAGCCAGAGGACCUGGACCUAUGCCGGGACCUAGGCGAGCGCCAACAAUGGAUGAUUAUGGACGUCCAUCUAUGGAUAGUCAAAGAGGAGGGAGAGGGCCGCCUCCACAAGGAUAUCCGGAUCCAAGACGAGGCCCACCAGGCGAUCAAGGUUAUGGCUAUCCAGAUGAUGGCUAUGCUCCCCCGAUGUCUCCUACUAGGGAUGGAGGAUUUGGACCGCCUGGAAGGAGUAUGACGAUGCCCGCAAAUAAUGAUUAUAUGAGAAACGCCAUGCCGCCACCGCCGCCACGUAUGGAUAGCGCACCUUAUAACGGUCCUCCUGGGCGCAACUAUCCCCCUCCUCGACCUUCGACCGCUUCGGGAAACAGACCGCCACCCCAGAGGAUGUAUCCCGACCAAGGCCCCCCAGUGCCUGCCGGGCCUCCAGGACCUUCAGGACCUCCGGGGCCGUACGAUAAUGGGUCACUACAGCCUCCAGGAUGGAACGACCAACCAGAUCGAGGUUCCUUUGGUGAAUUUUACGACUCAUACUACGACCAGAGGGUAAGCGGAGAACAGUAUCCUCCCGGCCCUCCUGGCCCACCUGGUCUGCAUGGUCCUCAUGGUCCUCAUGGUCCGCAUGGAAAUCAAUACCACGAAGAAAUCCCAGAUUUCGAUGCGGUUCCUUCCCAGAAUCCGCGAGAAUCGCUCGAUCAGCAUAUACGUCCUGCCCAACCGGGGAUGCACCAGCCUGGACCAGCGCGCCAGCCCGAAGUGUCUAGGGCCAAGUCGCAACCAAACUUACGUGAACCUCAAGCAGCUGUCUUCGAAAUGGUUGGUGAUAUGCCACCGGUACCACCAGGUGGAUUUCAAGCAUAUAAGCCCCCGGGUGCCGGCCCAGGUCUCCCCAGCACCCCAAGCGCUCCGAGACGUAGUUCUCAAGGAACCCCCCAAGGCGGGCCAGGCUCUGGACAUCCAGCACCCAUUAGGCCUGGGUUGAUGCCAAAUUCCAUGGUGAACCUAAAUGACAAGCCUGCCCCAGUUCGUAACUACAGUGCCGAUACGCCACCCGCUGCUGCCGGACCGCAAGGCAGGCUCCCCCCACCCCCACAGAAUGGGCGGCCAGCCUCCGUUACCGAAAAGACUCCCGUCACACCUGAGGAGCUAGAACGCCUACGGACUAUCAUCAAGAGUGAUCCGAACGAUCAACAAUCCGCUCUCACACUAGCGAAGAAACUUGUAGAAGCGGCGGAUGUCUUAGUACCUAGACUUCCUGACCAGAAAGCAAGGGCUAGAUCUCGUGAACGUUACGUGAUGGAUGCGCAUAAAAUAUUAAAGAAACUUGCCAGUGCUCAAAAUCCGGAUGCUAUGUUCUUUUUUGCGGAUUGCAUAGGCCGUGGCAUGUUUGGCGAUUCGGAUCAUAAGGAAGCAUUCACGCUAUACCAAUCUGCGGCGAAAUUGGGAAAUGCCGCGGCAGCUUAUCGGACAGCCGUCUGCUGCGAGCUCGGCAAUGAUGAAGGAGGUGGCACACGGAAAGACCCGCUGAAAGCGAUCCAGUGGUAUAAGCGCGCUGCGACGCUCGGGGAUACUCCCGCGAUGUAUAAGGUUGGAAUGAUCAUGCUAAAGGGACUGCUUGGUCAGCCUAAGAACCCGAGGGAGGCCGUUGGAUGGCUGAAGCGAGCAGCAGAGCGCGCAGAUCCCGAGAAUCCUCAUGCACUACACGAAUUAGGGUUGCUAUAUGAGUCGGCGCAACCGAAUGAUGCAAUCGUACGCGAUGAAGCAUAUGCCCUACAACUGUUCGAACAGGCUGCUCAGCUCGGGUAUAAGUUCAGCCAGUUUAGGAUGGGAUGUGCCUAUGAAUAUGGCCUAAUGGGAUGUCCUGUCGAUCCACGAUUGUCUAUCAUGUGGUACAGCCGAGCUGCCACGCAAGAGGAACACCAAUCCGAACUGGCUCUUAGCGGAUGGUAUCUAACAGGGAGCGAGGGUGUCUUGCAGCAAAGUGAUACCGAAGCGUACUUAUGGGCUAGAAAAGCAGCCCAGGCUGGAUUAGCAAAGGCGGAGUACGCAAUGGGCUAUUUCACCGAGGUUGGCAUCGGUGUACCUGCAAAUCUUGAGGAUGCCAAGCGAUGGUACUGGAGAGCAGCAAGCCAGGAUUUUCCCAAGGCUCGUGAGCGCUUAGAAGAUCUAAAACGAUCUGGCAGGAGCGGACCUCGUCAACGUGAACGCAUCUCCCGAAGCAAAAUCGGCAAACAGCAAGAGGGCGAGAACUACAGUCAUGGGCCAUACCUUUACUUCAACACCAUUCAUAAGAGUGAUGAUGGGCAAUCAACUCAGCACAGUACGGAUAUCAAGGUCAAGAACAAUGCAAUUGAUCUCAACGAGGCCUACUUGCAACCUAAAUUGAGCGCUUCCAAGGCCUUGGGACAUGUUGAACCCUCUUUCAGAAAUUCUCUCGGUCUUGCAAAGUGGUCAAAUGGCUGUCGAUACCGCUGCGAAACAGAGCCAGACCUGAUCACAAGCAUCUUUGCGCAUAUCGAACAUGGCAUGUACAUAUGUCGAUGGAAACCGGAGUCCACGAUUACAUUCAAUGUUAAUCGGAGCAGCUUUCUCAACAAUUGCGAUGCUGAGCAUGCGGUUAAGAGUCUCGAAAAGGCAGCUAGUGAGUGGAACAAAGGCAAGAUCAGUAUACGGUUCGAGAAAGUCACAGACGAUAAACCAGCCGUAUUCCAACUUGUGUACUCAAGCAAGUACGAUCCUGGUCUGCAGGCAUAUUCUUUCCUCCCAGGCUAUCCCCCAGAAAAGCAGCGACUAUAUGUGUGUGCGCCGUGUUUCAACAAAGAAGAACCAUACUAUGAGUAUCUGGCCAAUAUCUUCUGCCAUGAACUCGGCCACAUACUUGGUUUACGACACGAUCUCGACAGGAAUGACUGCCAGUCGACACCGAGGACCCCAAUCAGUGAAAUCCUCAUCUAUCCUAACAGCGAGGAUGUUAGCCCAGAGAAGCAUGCCACAAAGAGCAAGCAAACCCAGGACAGUUUUUUACUUGAUCUCAGUAUAUGCAACGAUGUUUUAUUUGAGCAGGAUGUUCCUGCUCAAAAUAGCACUGAUGUAGGGAUUGAAAGCAAUGCGAUCAACCUUGACAAGGUUGACGCCGAGCCUAGCCCCCAGAUCAAUCACUCUUUGAAGCAAGUUGAUGCCAUUUUUGAGAACGUCCUGAGCCCAACUAAAAAGGCAGAUUCAUCUUCGUAUCUUUGCAUGACUGAGGCAACGCCCAUCAGCAGUAUCCGUCUCCAUCAAGUAUGCGGUAAGAGAUGUCACAACACCAUUUACCGAUGGAAGCGAGGAUCCGAAAUCACAUUCAACGUGGAUCGUCACAGUUUUAGAUCCAACACCGAGUACGCAAGAAUUGCCAACGAAACCCUGGAUGCUGCGGUCGAACAAUGGAAUAAGGGACGGUUCGGUGUACGAUUCAAGAGAGUUGAGGACCACAAAGAAGCCGUUUUCCAGCUCAUCUACUCAGCGGGCGGUGGAGAUGUCCUAGCAACUGCUUUUUUCCCUAACACGACGCCGAUUGGGCGACGAUUAGUGGUAUAUGAACAGGCUUUCAUAGAGGUCAAUGGCCGGUAUGAUCUGAUGACUAACAUCUUCUGCCACGAACUGGGACACAUCUUAGGAUUGCGACAUGAGCGCGCUCAUGAAAAGGAGGCCGGCUAUCCGUCCGUACAAUGGGGUGGCUCUAACCCCCUUUCCAUCAUGAACGACGACUUGACGCCAGACGAGUUUAGUAUUCAUGAAGACGACUAUGUCCAGGUGAAGGAUUUUUACGAAUCCUGCGCCACUUACAACAAAUAUACUAUCGUAGAUGUGGAUGCGAAGCCCUGCGCCAUUUACUUUUGUCGCUGCCCUCAUUGCCGCAAUGCUUAA